UGGUUCUCUGUUAAAACACUCGUUUAUAUUCGAUUCAACAGUCGAUAAAUUUAACAACAAAAACGUUUUAAAACAUUCACACUGAGAACUAGAGAAUGAAAACAGGAAAAAAGUCUAAUUUUUACUGCAGUAUAUGUGAUUUAACUUUCAUAAAGAAUGCUCACUUAAAAAAACAUAGUGUUAUUCAUGUUGGAAAACCUUAUUUAUGCAAUCUGUGUGAUAAAAUAUUUGCGAAUAAAGGAAGUUUGAAGGCACACUGUGUUGUUCAUACUGGAGAAACAUAUUCCUGCAAUGUCUGUGAUAAAACUUUCCACCGAAAAUCUAGUUUAACAAGUCACAGUGCUAUUCAUACUGGUGAGAAACCUUAUUCGUGCAAUUUGUGUGAUAAAACAUUUGCUUACAGAGUAAGUUUAAAAGAACAUAAUGUGGUUCAUAGUGGAGAAAAAUCUUAUUCAUGCCAUGUGUGUGAUGCAACAUUCGCACACAAAGUUAGUUUAACUAAACAUUGUCUUGUUCAUACUGGAGAAAAACCUUAUUCAUGCAGCAUCUGUGACAAAACAUUCGCACAGAAAGGUGCUUUAACUAAACACUCUCUUGUUCAUUCUGGAAAAAAGAAUUAUUCUUGCAAUAAGUGUGAUAAAACAUUUACAUAUAAAUUUAAUUUAAAAACCCACUAUGUUGUUCAUACUGGUGAGAAGCCUUAUUCAUGCAGUGUGUGUGAUAAAACAUUCUCGCAGAAAAGUAGUUUAAAUAGUCACUCACUUCUUCAUACUGGUGAAAAACCUUAUUCAUGCAGUAUAUGUGAUAAAACAUUCACACAGAAAAGUAAUUUAAAAGCUCACGCUCCUGUUCAUGCUGAAGAGAAGCUUUUUGCAUGUAAUGUGUGUGAUAAAUCUUUUAGACUAAAAAGAAGUUUAAAUCGACACUAUGGUGUUCAUACUUGAGAGAAGCCUUAUUCAUGUACUAUGUGCAGGGUUGGCGUUAGACAUGAGUUCAGGCUCGCAUUUAGAGGACUGAGCCCAAGAUACAUAGGAUUACCUAGAUGAGACAUACGUUGGAUAAAGGCUAAAUUUUGCGACCUUUGAUGUUUGAAUAAGGAAAUUAGUCAUUAUAACUAAUUUAUCGCAAUUAAAUAACAAAUUUUAUACUUAAUAAUUGUUUGAAAGCAGUAAAAAAAUUAUGAGAAUUUUUAUUUCA